UCGGUGGAAAAUGGCGGCCAGAGGUGGAACGGCACAUCAACAGUGAAAACAAAAAGUCCAGAGAAAACUAAAGGAGCUACUCUACUCAACACACGGCCCAGGGGCAGAAAAAAAGUUCGUUGAUGAGAAUGACUCGCUGGGUACCCACGAAAAAGGAGAAGUACGGCGUCGCGAUCUAUAACUAUGACGCCCGCGGAGAGGAGGAGCUGUCACUACAGAUUGGGGACACCGUACACAUACUGGAGACAUACGAAGGAUGGUACAGGGGAAACCGGCUGAGGAGGAGGUCGAAAAAGGGGGUGUUCCCUGCCUGCUACAUCCACCUGAAAGAGGCCACCGUGGAGGGCAAUGGGCAGAAGGAGACAGUGAUUCCUAAUGAGCUGCCCCUGGUACAGGAGGUCACCACCACACUACGGGAAUGGGCAUCGAUAUGGAGAGACCUCUAUGUGGGAGACAAGCGUGAGAUGUUCAACUGUGUGCGUGAGAUGAUCUACGACCUGAUCGAGUGGCGCUCCCAGAUCCUGUCGGGCACGCUGCCCCAGGACGAGCUGACCGAACUCAAGCAGAGAGUCACAUCCAAGAUGGACUACGGAAACAAAUACCUGGAUCUGGACCUGGUGGUGCGGAAUAAAGACGGCAACAUCCUGGACCCGGACCUCACCAGCACCAUCAGCCUGUUCCGCGCCCACGAGGCGGCCUCACGCCAGAUAGAGGAACGCAUCCAGGAGGAGAAGUCCCAGAAGCAGAACAUGGACCUGACCCGGCAGGCCAAGUUUGCCUCGACUCCGUCCUUCGCCCUCUUCGUCACCCUGAAGAACGUGGUCUGCAAGAUCGGAGAGGACGCCGAGGUGCUCAUGUCCCUCUACGACCCUGUGGAGUCCAAAUUCAUCAGUGAGAACUACCUAGUGAAGUGGUCAAGCUCUGGGCUGGUGAAGGAUCUAGAUCAGCUUCACAAUCUGCGUGCGGUAUUCACGGACCUGGGCAGUGAGGAUCUGAAGCGGGAGAAGAUCAGCUUCGUGUGUCAGAUUGUGCGUGUGGGCCGCAUGGAGCUGCGGGACAACAACACCAAGAAGCUGACCACGGGGCUGCGGAGACCGUUUGGAGUCGCAGUCAUGGACGUCACAGACAUCAUCACCGGCAAGAUGGACGAUGAGGACAAGCAGCACUUCAUCCCCUUCCAGACGGUAGCCGGUGAGAGUGACUUCCUCCAGUCUGUCAUCAACAAGGUCAUCGCUGCCAAGGAGGUCAACCACAAGGGCCAAGGUCUGUGGGUGACCCUGAAGCUCCUCCCUGGUGACAUCCAUCACAUCCGCAAAGACUUCCCCCACCUGGUCGACCGCUCCACAGCAGUGGCACGCAAGAUGGGCUUCCCUGAGAUCAUCAUGCCAGGUGACGUGAGGAACGACAUCUAUGUCACCCUGGUCCAGGGAGAGUUUGACAAGGGCAGCAAGACGACCCCCAAGAACGUGGAGGUCACCAUGUCCGUAUACGACGAGGACGGCAAGAAACUGGAGAAUGUCAUCUUCCCGGGAGCUGGAGAUGAGGGCAUCUUGGAGUACAAGUCUGUGAUCUACUAUCAAGUCAAACAACCGCGCUGGUUUGAGACAAUCAAGGUUGCCAUUCCUAUUGAGGACGUCAACAGGAGCCACCUCCGCUUCACCUUCAGACACAGAUCAUCUCAGGACUACAAAGACAAAUCAGAGAAGAUCUUCGCCCUGUCCUUCGUCAAGCUGAUGAGGUACGACGGCACCACGCUGCGAGACGGCGAGCAUGACCUCAUCGUCUACAAGGCCGAAGCAAAGAAGACGGAGGACGCAUCCCUGUACCUGAACCUGCCGGCCACCAAGGUGGAGCUGGAGGAGAAGGGGUACCCCACCACGGGGAAGAGCAUGCAGAACCUGGGGAACUGCACCAUCACCAAGGACUCCUUCCAGAUCGCCACCCUCGUCUGCUCCACCAAACUCACACAGAAUGUGGACCUGCUGGGUCUCCUGAAGUGGCGCUCCAACACCAGCCUCCUGCAGCAGAACCUGCGACAGCUCAUGAAGGUCGAGGGGGGAGAAGUGGUCAAGUUUCUGCAAGACACGCUGGACGCCCUCUUCAACAUCAUGAUGGAGAACUCCGACAGCGACACGUUUGACACCCUGGUGUUUGAUGCUCUGGUCUUCAUCAUUGGCCUGAUAGCCGACAGGAAGUUCCAGCACUUCAACCCCGUGCUGGAGACCUACAUCCGCAAACACUUCAGUGCCACCCUGGCCUACACGAAACUGACCAAGGUGCUGAAGAACUACGUGGACAACGCUGAGAAGUUGACGGAUCAGCUGCUGAAGGCCAUGAAGGCUCUGGAGUACAUCUUCAAGUUCAUCGUGCGCUCCAGAGUGCUGUUUAAUCAGCUGUAUGAGAAUAAGGGGGAGGCGGACUUCAUGGAGUCCUUGAGGGAUCUCUUCACCUCCUUUAACAACAUGAUGAACAGCAGUGCUGAGACCACCAGCAUGGUCAAGGGUGCCGCUUUGAAGUACAUCCCGACCAUCGUCAACGACGUCAAGCAGGUGUUUGAUCCCAAGGAACUGAGUAAACUCUUUACUGAGUUCAUCCUGAAGGUGCCAGCAGGCCGCCUGGUGAAGCAGAAGCUCUCCUGCAUGAUUGACAUUGUGGACAGUGACCUCUUCACACAGCACGACUGCAGGGAGAUCCUGCUGCCGCUGAUGACGGAGCAGCUGAAGCUUCACAUGGAGCAGCAUGAGGACCUGGAGGCCUGCUGUCAGCUACUGAGCAAUAUACUGGAGGUCCUAUACCGCACAGACGUGGGUCCAACUCAAUGGCACAUCGAGGUGAUCAUGGAGAAGCUUCUGAGAACAGUCAACCGGACGGUCAUCUGCUUGGGGCGAGAGUCACCACUCAUAGGCAGCUUCGUGGCCAGCAUGACCGCUACUCUGCGCCAGAUGGAGGACUACCACUACGCUCAUCUCAUCGGCACCUUCGGCAAAAUGAGGACGGAUGUGGUGGAUUUCCUAAUGGAAACAUUUAUCAUGUUCAAGGAUCUCAUUGGCAAGAAUGUCUACCCUGGCGACUGGGUUAUAAUGAACAUGAUGCAGAAUAAGGUCUUCUUGAGGGCCAUCAAUCAGUAUGCCACGGUGCUGAACAAGAAGUUCCUGGACCAGACCAACUUCGAGCUCCAGUUGUGGAAUAAUUACUUCCACUUGGCGGUGGCUUUCCUGACCCAGGAGUCUCUGCAGCUGGAGAACUUCUCCAGCGACAAACGGGCCAAGAUCUUCCACAAGUACCAAGACAUGAGGAGGCAGAUCGGAUUCGAGAUCAGAGAUAUGUGGUAUAACUUAGGUCCCCACAAGAUCAAGUUCAUACCAGAGAUGGUUGGUCCGAUCCUGGAGAUGACGCUGGUGCCGGAGAUCGAGCUGCGCAAGGCCACCAUCCCCAUCUUCUUCGACAUGAUGCAGUGCGAAUUCCACUUCACACGCAGCUUCCAGAUGUUUGAGAACGAGAUCAUCACCAAGCUGGACCACGAGGUGGAAGGAGGACGAGGAGACGAGCAGUACAAAGUCCUCUUCCAGAAAAUUCUCCUAGAGCACUGCCGUAAGCAUAAGUACUUGGCCAAGAGCAAGCCUUCAGAGCAGGAGACCGGCGAGAACUUUGUGACGCUGGUGGUGCGUCUUCUGGAGCGUCUCCUUGACUACCGGACCAUCAUGCACGACGAGAACAAGGAGAACCGCAUGAGCUGCACCGUCAACGUCCUGAACUUCUACAAAGAGAUCGAGAGAGAAGAGAUGUACAUCAGGUACCUGUACAAGCUGUGUGACCUCCACAAAGAGUGUGACAACUACACUGAAGCUGCAUACACACUGCUGCUACAUGCCAAGCUACUUAAGUGGUCUGAGGAUCCGUGUGCUGCCCACCUCACCCAGCGAGACGGCUGCCAGGCCUCCACCCAGUGCCAGCUCAAAGACCACCUCUACCAGGAGAUCAUCAACUACUUCGACAAGGGAAAGAUGUGGGAGGAGGCCAUCAUCCUGGGCAAGGAGCUGGCGGAGCAGUAUGAAAACGAGAUGUUUGACUUCGAGCAGCUCAGCGCAUUGUUGCGAAAGCAAGCUCAGUUCUAUGAGAACAUCGUGAAGGUGAUUCGGCCGAAGCCUGACUACUUUGCGGUGGGAUACCACGGCCUGGGUUUCCCCUCCUUCCUCAGGAAUAAGAUGUUUAUCUACCGGGGUAAAGAGUACGAGAGGAGGGAGGACUUUGAGGCGCGCCUGCUGACCCAGUUCCCCAACGCUGAGAAGAUGAAGAUCACCACCCCACCUGGAGAGGAGAUACGCACCUCACCUGCACAGUGUAUCCUCUACUGUUAUAGUUUCUACACUGUCAAUGAAGUAAACAAGUUUCAGUAUUCCAGACCUAUCAGGAAAGGGGAGAAGGACCCUGAUAACGAGUUUGCAAACAUGUGGAUCGAGAGGACGACUUACGUCACCGCCUACAAGCUGCCUGGCAUUCUGCGAUGGUUUGAAGUCAAGUCCUUCUCCACGGAGGAGAUCAGUCCUUUGGAGAACGCCAUGGAGACGAUGCACCUGGCGAAUGAGAAGAUCAACAACAUGGUGCAGAGGCAUCUGAACGACACCAACCUUCCCAUCAACCCCCUGUCCAUGCUGCUCAACGGCAUCGUAGACCCGGCAGUCAUGGGGGGCUUCACAAACUACGAGAAGGCCUUCUUCACAGACAAGUACAUCCAGGAGCACCCUGAGGACCGCGACAAGAUUGACAAGCUCAAGGACCUGAUUGCCUGGCAGAUCCCGUACCUGGCGGAUGGCGUUCGUAUCCAUGGAGAGAAGGUGACGGAGGCUCUGCGGCCCUUCCACGAGCGCCUGGAGGCCUGCUUCAAGCAGCUCAGAGAGAAGGUGGAGAAGCAGUACGGGGUCAAGACUCUGCCGGGUGCUGAUGAGCGUCGCGGUGGCCAGAGGCCUCGCUCCAUGGUGCGUUCCUUCACCAUGCCCUCCUCCCAGCGCCCGCUGUCUGUCGCCUCCGUCACCUCCAUCUCCUCCGACAACUCCCCUUCCAGGCCCGGCUCCGAUGGGUUCACUCUGGAGCCCCUGCUGCCUAAGAAAGUGCACUGCAAGUCCCAGGACAAGCUGGACCGUGACGAGGCGGAGAGGGAGCGCAAGGACAAGGAGAAGAAGAAGGAGAAGAGGAACAGCAAACACCAGGAGAGCUUCGACAAGGAGCUCAAGACCACCACCGAGAUCCCCACGCAGGCAUCCGACACAGUCAUCCUCUCAGAAAUGAUCAGUCCCCUGCGUCCUCAGAGGCCUAAGAGUCAGGUGAUCAACCUGCUGGCCCCUGACCGGCGUCUCUCCGUGUCCCCAGGGCCUCCCACCCCGUCUGCAGGGGCCACUGCGGUGUCAGCAGCGGCGACCCCCCCGGGGGCCCCUCCUCCCAUCACCCCGCGGGCCAAGCUAUCCUUCAGCCUGCUCUCGGGAUCCAACCUGGAGCUGAAUGGGAUGGGCUGUGGAGAGAAAGGGGAAGUCCCGCCCCCGCUGCCCAUGAAGGGAAGCACGGCCGACUACGGAAACCUGAUGGACCUGAACCCUGAACUGGCCAGCCCGACUACGCCACCCCCUCCCCCACCACACCACAGGCAUCUGCCUCCGCCGCUGCCGAGCAAGACUCCUCCUCCACCGCCCCCAAAGACAACGAGGAAGCAGAACUCCAUCGAUUCAGGAAUUGUCCAAUGAGGAGGAAGCAGAAUUCCAUCGAUUCAGGAAUUGUCCAAUGAGGAGGAAGCAGGCCUCAAUCGAUUCAGGAAUCGUCCAAUGAGGAGCUACACUAACGUGUCAGGAGGAACAAAGCAAACUGUAUUGAACUGAACCAAACCUGAACAAACAUUGACCAACCCCCCACCCCCCCACAAUCCACACACA